AUGCCUGCUAUCCGAAGAAGCCUGCAGGCACCUAGGCCCGAUAAGCCUUAUCUAACUAAAGGCCAUAAUAUAAUCCCUAAGAUUGAAGAAGCUCUUAGGCGAAAUAAGGGUAAGGGCGAUAUGCUAUAUAUAAUGGCUAUAGAUAUCGGAGAGGCCUGGUUUAAUAAGGAUAAUACUAGCUGCAUUAGGAUAGUAAUCUUUAGUUAUAAGAUCCUCCUGCUUAUAUAG